GUCCCGAUAGACGCCUCGCCCAGAUCACUACGACACCCGCCGGCGUACCGUCCUCCAUUAAUAGCCGCCCUCGCUGUCCUACUCUAUCCGAGUGUCCCAACCAUAUGCAUAAUCCCUUUCUGGGAACUCACCUCUGCUCUAUUCGUUCCACAUAAUUUUACAUUCCGCUAUCCUCCCCAAUCCCAUCAUGCCUUCCCCUAGAAGAGUCCGCUUCCUCAUGACGGUGGUGCUGGCAGUUGUCAUCACCACCUUAUUCUUCACGUCUCAGAUGCGAUCCACAAUCCCCCACGACAAUCGAACUGUCCAAGACUUCUUUGGUAGGACGAUGAAUGGCCUGAACCAUCAGAAAGAUCGCGACCAAGUCAUAAUCGGCGGCACUGGCGCCACCACCGUCGAGUCGACAGUAAGAGAUAAGGAUGGGGAUGGUUCCGUCGACGAGGAUGACGAGCAGCUGGCAAGGGAGAUGGCCGAGCGGCUACGGGCGGCCGAGAAGAAGGCGAAAGACUUAGCCAACUCCAAGGCACCCUUGAAGCCCGAUGCGCCGAGCGAUGUCAUCGGUGUCGGAAGCUCUGCCGGUGGCCAGACAAAGGAUAAGGUUAAAGGCGGCUCAGAGGGACCGGAGAAGGAAGAGGGAGAAUCAGAGGAGGACCACGAAAUCGAGGUGACACUCAACGAUAUCCUCAAGAAGUCUCCAGUUGUCAUCUUCUCGAAGACGUUCUGCCCUUACUCGAAACGAGCCAAGGGUGUCCUGCUCGAAAAAUACUUGAUCGAUCCCCCCCCUCACGUCAUCGAGCUCGAUGAACAUCCCUUGGGCAAACAGCUGCAAGCUAGACUGGGCGUCAUCACUGGACGUGGCACCGUCCCUAACAUCAUGGUCAACGGCAAGAGCGUUGGCGGCAGUGACGAGAUCGCCGAAUUAGACGCAAGGAAGACCCUCAUCGACAAGUUCAAGUCGAUGGGAGGGAAGCGAUUAUCUAUGAAAGAGCGCUUCGUCGGCAACGCCAAAGAAAGGCAAGGCUGACCAAAGGAAAAUCGAUAUCGACAGGUACUAUCGGGCGAAUCGACUAGCUUGUACACAUGGACGUGGACCGCGAUGACGUGAACGGCCGUUAUCAACUGCAUGUAUGGCGUUGGGGAGUUGGUUCCUUGCUAUGUGUUCCCAUGUGGAUAUUGAAGCUUGCUACAGUCUGGAUCUGGGCC